AUGGUCCUAAUCUACUGCAUAACCAAGUCUCCGACCAAGGCCUUGGACAAGCCCAACAAGACAUACAAGACCAAGAAGCUCGAGGCCAGGGCGCUCCGCAACAUCAAGUCGUACACGACCCCCAAGUACGUCGCGCCAGGCCAACGGGUCAUAGGGCGAAAGUACAACGGCGAGAGGGCCAAGCAGGCUUGCUACAACUACAGUUCCAUCAUCGCCAGACGACGUGACCUGCAGUCCCUUACCUGCACGUCCGACAAAGCACUCAGAGCCCCACAGUCCAUCGUCGGCGUGUGGAACGAGCAGCACCACACGUCCUGGAGCAGCGGCUGGCUGCAGGAAGCGAACCUUGAGAGCGAACGUGACGAGUAUCCCGGCGCGUCCGUCUGGCAGGCUCGCGAUGACAGCGUCUGGAUCCAGAACCUCGUCGCCGAGAGGUCCAUCGACACCAGCGUUGAAGGAUGCCGAACCUACGACGUGUGGCAGAGAACUUUGUAG